AUGCUAAUAUUUCCUUAAAAUGUUAAUAAAAAUUUAGAUGAGCGAUGCUCAUUAAGAAGAUUGUAGAUUGACAUGCAAGAUCAUAAGUUAAAUUAAUUGGAUGAUGAUACCUGUGAAAUUACGAUUAAAAUGGAUAAAGAUAAUAUUGUAUAAAUCGAGAUGAGACCCAAAAUUGGUCCCUAUAAAUUUAAACAUUACUUAGUAACUUAUUAUCUUAUUUUAGUUUUUGUUAGAUUUUAGAAAAAAUUAUCCAAUUCAACCUCCAAUUAUUACAAUUGGGUCUGAAACCUUGCAUCCGAAUAUAGACAGAAAGAAUUAAAAAUUUUAUUUAAGAAUAGUUGAAUAAUAGAAUUGGAAACCAAUAUAUGGGUAUAUUUUAAUAAUAGAGUAGAUUAUUUGAAAUCGUAGAAGAAAUGAAAUAGACAUUAAUUCAUGUGGAUUUCACAAAAAUAACUAAUGAAGCUACCUGUCUUAAGAUGGCAUAAUAGAUUCUAAACUAAAAUGAAUUAGAUGAUGAAUCUCAAAUUAAUAAUGAAUUUGAUAUUGAUUAAGAGACCGCUGAUUUCGAAAUUAGUAAAGCUUUCAAGAUUAAUUUUGAAAUUGUAGAUAACUCGUAAUAGAAAUUCUAAUUUUAAAAUGAUUCUUACAAUAUUUAUUAAAAAUUACCCGCAAUAAUUAAUUUAUAAAAAACUUCAAAGCAUAGGUAAAAUGAUAAUAUAUUUUUUAUAAAAAUAAAAAAUUGA